AUGUCGUCCAACAAACCUCCUGGGCCGGAUCAGUCCCGUAACGAAUACAUUCCAUCCUUUAUCUCCAAGCGACCCUUCUGGGCCGAAACAACCAGUGAUGCCGACUAUCUCGAACAUCAGCGUCUACAGACUGAAUCAAAAGACACCCUCGACAAGGCAAAAUGGUAUGAUCGGGGCAAGAAACUCGGUCCUGCGGCGACCAAAUUCCGGAAAGGUGCCUGCGAGAAUUGCGGUGCCAUGACUCAUAAGACGAAAGAGUGUCUCAGUCGGCCUCGCAAACUGGGAGCCAAAUGGACGGGCAAGGACAUUCAAGCUGAUGAGAUUGUCGAAGAUGUGAAACUUGGCUGGGACGCCAAACGAGAUCGCUGGAACGGCUACGAUAAUCGAGAAUAUGGUGCUGUGGUCCAGGAAUAUGAAGAACUCGAGGCAUUGAAGCGUGCUGCGGCCACGAACAAAUCAAAAGACGGUACCCACACAAGUGGUGAAGCAACAUCUAAUGGGGACUCGGACGCCCGGUAUGGCGAGGAAACAGACAUGGGACGGUCACAACCAACCUCGACGCGGCAACUCCGCCUCCGAGAAGACACUGCCAAAUAUCUGAUCAAUCUCGACCUCGACAGCGCCCGAUAUGACCCGAAGACGCGAUCGAUGGACACGUCGACGCAAGCUCUUUCGACCGACGGCGACACCUCCGUUGCAGAAGAGAACUUCAUCCGCCCAUCCACCAAUGACAGUGCAGCCUUCGUCCGCGCGCAGCAGUACGCGUGGGAAACCCAAGAAAAGUCCAAUCCUACCACCAAGAAGCUUCAUCUCCAAGCCAACCCGACCGAAGGCGAAAUCCUACACAAGAAACUCACCAUCGAAGCAGCGGAGAAGAAAGCCGCGGCGCGCAAGGCACUUCUAGACAAAUACGGCGGGUUCGAACACCUACAAGAAAACAAACUAGCCAAAUCCAACGCCGUGCUCGCCUCCGAGCGCUACGUCGAGUACGACUCCCAUGGACACAUCAAGGGCCAACCGGUACAUAAAGCGCGGUCCAAGUACGCCGAGGACGUCCUGACGAACAACCACACCAGCGUGUGGGGCAGCUGGUGGCGCAACUUCACCUGGGGCUACGCCUGCUGCCACAGCACGGUGAAGAACAGCUACUGCACCGGCGACGCGGGCAAGAAGGCCUUCGAGGACACCGAGGGCCUGCGGACGGGCCAGGCACUCCUGGAAAACGGCGGUCAGCAGGACAACCAGGAAAACUCCGAAAGCAAAGGCAAGCUCACCCUCGAGCAGCAAGGCGAAGACCUUGUGGAGCGCAAACAUACCCAGCAACUCGACACCACCGCCAUUUCAAGCAUAUCCCCAGCACCAACAUCACAAUCUAUGGAAGACAACACCGCACCGACAACAGCAACGUCGACGGCCAAAAAACGCACUAUCCAAGAAAUACAAUCCGGCAUCUCAGAGGAAGACCUCGAGUCGUACAAGCGCAACCGCCGAACCGCCGACGAUCCUAUGGCGAAUAUGCUGGGCCGGGAUGAAUUGGUGCAAUGA